GGCGCGGAACACGUACGUAGCAUGCAUGUCACAUGCGUGGCAUAUUACAAAAUGGACGGAAUGUGGGCGGCAUGUACAACUCAGACUCGGGACAAGUGCUGAUGAGGAACCGUCGAAUAAAAGAACAAAUGAGGGAAUGAAUUAGUUCCAGCAAAGGAGAGCCGAGCGACUGAAUCCAGUCCUGAGGAGUAGUGGGCACAGCGGCAUCACAAGGUCCCCCGGAACCACUGCCAAGAUGUCGCUGUCAUUGCUCAUGCUGAAGUGUAUGAACCGGCGACGGCUUAUCCUGUUCAUUUUCUGGUACUCCUUGUUCAUGCUUCUGGGCAUGGCCUACUACUCACACGUUUACAUCCAAUGGAGGGAUGAUUCUCAUCUACUACGGGUCUACAACUCCAUAUUCUUGCCCACCCCCUCACCGCUACUCAGACAACACUACUCGAGGGGUCCCCCAGGAAACCUGACGGCACCGCUGUUUUUACAAAACAUGGAUGACUUGAUGAUAAGGACAGCCAAGUACAAUUACGACGGGAGAAUGCCGAACACUGGGGAUUACCAACUAACAAAGCACAACUUUUUAGAGCUACUGAAUAACAACCUGACUCAGUUUUUAAUACGGGAGCCGUCCAUACAUGUGCAGAACUUAAGCAACUCUCUAAGGAAGGUCAAGAAUGCACUUUUAGGCAUCAACAGUAGUAGAACUACCACCCCCUCCACUUUGGGGAAUAGUAGUCUAUCCAACUCAUCUUUGUCCAUGGAUGAUGGCAAAGUAGUUCUGUCACCUAGUUACUUGGUCCACAAUAGCACUUACCUGAUAGCUGCCAUUGAGAAGAAUAUGCAAAAGAUUCGGGAGGAGACAGAGAUCAGCCUGAAACGUUUGAUAGAACUCAACGAGAUCAUCAAUGCUCCAAACGAAACCUUCACAAAGAGUUUAUCCCUCUUAGCCGGGGAUCGUUCAGCGGGGCUGGCCAAGUUAACAAAUCUCAGUGCAACGCACUACGCAUCAAACACAAGUAGAAGUCAACAACUCAAGACAACUCACGAAAAAGUACUACCCAACUCUAGUCAAAAUGCCACAGUGCGUGGAUGGAACUCCAGAAAUCAACAUCUCAAGAGAUUAAAGGAUGCCUUCAGUGGGUCCGCUGUAGGGAGACAUCCCCAGGGUGAGGGAGAUGUGACACAGAGUGUGAUACGAACUAUGGCGGAUAGGGUAAGACCACAUAUGCCAUAUCGUCCACCUACACCCAUGCCAGAAGUUGAUGGAUACUAUCUCAUGGAAACCAGAACAAAACUCCGCUUGCGCUGUAAAUCCUGUGCUGUGGUCUCUAGCUCGGGCCAGCUCCUCAACAAAUCAGCUGGAGCCGAGAUCGAUGGCUACCCUUGCGUCAUCCGCAUGAACAGCGCCCCUGUCAGUGGCUUCCAAGACGACGUCGGCUCCAAGACCACGGCCCGUGUCAUGGGUCACGUCAACUUGAUUAAACUGAACCAAAGCCAGUCGGACCAGCACCAGAUCUUUGUCAACCAGAGCACGCGGGCCGAGCGACUCAUCAUUCCUUGGCUGUUCAACACGCGGGUGGAUAAGAAGAAAGACAAGCAUUAUACCAUUGCCAAGAACUUCUCCAAGACUUACACGGAUACUCAGUUCUACAUGCUGUCCUCUAGCAAGAUGGCGUUUGCUGAAAACCUCUUCCAGACAGACACUGGCAUAUCAAGGAAGGAUGCUAAGACCUGGUUGUCUACUGGCUGGAUGACCCUUAUUUAUGCUUUGGACACCUGCGAUCGCACUGAUGUCUUCGGUCUCGUACAUGAAAAGUUUUGCAAGGAAAACCCCAAUGACACCACUCCCUACCAUUACUAUGAGAGCAACGGCAAGAAAGAAUGUGAGUAUUACAUGCAGAGUGAGACCCACCUGACCUCAGGCCACGUCUUCGUCACAGAGAAGGCCAUCUUUGCCCGCUGGGCCCGUAAAUUCAACCUGCACUUCCGCUACCCGAGCUGGAACUUGACCCAGACCAACGACUCCGCCCCGCUGGACACGCCCUUUGUCAAGAUCUACAAAGAGGCCCAGCAUAACAAGACGCUGCAAGGGAACAACGGCAAGCCAGGGGGUGGCUCGCGGGGACGACACCACAUCCUGAACAGCCGGAAUAAUAAGAAGGUACCCCCCAUCAUCGGCCCCAAGACUAAAGAGGAUACGGAGAAGGAGAAAUACCAGCGCUUCACUCACGCUGUCAUGUUCAUUGUGGCCAUCUUCUUGAGUCUUGUCGUCUUCCUCCUUCUGUUCUUGCUGGUUUCCAUCCUAACCAUUUGAGGAAGCAAGAGGUGCUGUAUCCAUGUGUAGGGGCCAACCCAUGUUUGGCCCUUGUCCAUGGUCAGGGGCCAACUGCCUUGGACCCACCCCAGUUACAUGUUCUUCAGCAGCUGUCUUGACCAAUUUAAAAUUUGCUGGGUAAAUUUGUCUGGUAAGAGGUUUUGGCACCCAAUUGGAAUGAUGCAUUUUGAAAAGGAAAAAAAAAACAGGAGAAAUAGCACGAUGAUUUUUGAGUUUCAUUUUUAGUACCUUGAAUACUUUGUUUUCGCUCAGUUCUUCCACUUUUAAGAAUUUGAAUGGCCACCCAUCGUUUUCAUUUCCAUUUUAAUUCACAUUUUAAGAACCAUUUUGAGACUGAUUGUUAUUUUUGUAUGCAUACUGAAUUCAUUGUACUAACUCAUUUACCAACUCUUGACCAGGUCAUAAAUAUUCAUUGACUUUUCUGCUGACCUUUCUGCAUAUCUUUGCAUACAUAAUGACUGCUGCUGAAGGUCAGUGGGAGGGGUCACUCAUAUGGUCCUACGCCCUCCUGUCCUUCACAACGCAUGAAGUGUUACAUUCUGUUUGAUUUUCAUUUUUGUUUGUUUGUUUGUUUGUUUAUUUAUUUAUUUGUGUUUAAAUAUACAGUAACAGGAAAGGAAAUGUUUGAUGAAACAUGCGCAUGCUGUAUAUACCACCAUGAAUUGGAAUGGAAGCAACUCACUCCGUGACCCUUUUAAAUUUUGAUAUGACAGUAUUGCUACUAGAAUAACAACAAAUCAGGAAAAAUAAAAUCUAAAAUCCUGCAAGCAACUAUAUUUGUUCAAGGAAUUGCAACUCACAAAUUUAUUCUCUUUAAAAGCUGAAGAACUGAUGUAAGGCUGUUCUCAUAUGUUUUUAUGAGUAACCACUUAAAUUAUGUGAUUUUU